GAAAUCCAAAGAUCGUCUGCUAUUUCUGGUUAUUUGUCUCGUAUUUUUGUUCACCUUCGUUUCAAAAAACUUAAACUUACACAUAGCCGUGUAACGGUUGUUCAGUAACUUCGACAAACUAUUUUUUUGUAGUUUCAUUAUGCCACGAGUGAAAAGUGUAAAAACUUUAUUGGAACUGUCGAUAGCUCAUGUUGUACAAAGCAUGGAUCAGUGGUCAUGGAAGCCAUCAAUCAAGCUAUCAGACACCAUAUCAGAUUCAGAGCUCGGCACGAGUCCUUUACAUCAACUACCUUUGCAUGUUCUGGGGGAAAUCAUGUACUAUCUUCAAGAAAAGGAAUUGCUGGGUAAACACUUGAAAUGGGUUAUCACUUCUCAACUCGAUGAGCUUCUAUUAACCUCAUGUAAUGAAGUUCAGAUUCGUGAAUAUCUUAAACAUGCUGCUAUCCAAUGUCCAUGUCUGAAAUCAGUCGAAUUUCAGAGGGACAGAGAAAACAUUCUUGAUAUUGAGCCAUCCAUACUACAAUUCUUUCCUAAAUUCCAGCAAUUAGAGAAAUUGGAGAUUGCAUACACUUCAGUGGGAGAUAAUAGCUUGGAAGUUUUUGGAACAUAUUGCAAAUAUCUAAGGGAGUUGGAUGUGAGUCACUGUCCAGCUGUGACUGAUGCUGGAAUUCAAAGAUUGUGUGGUAAUGCCUACCAUUCAGGAAAAGAUAGUGGAAGGAUAGAUUAUAUGUGGGAUAAUGAAAAGUGUAAAUGUAUCCAGAUAUUGCGCGUUAAGGGAACUAGUGUUACCAAGAAAGGAAUUCAAAUCGCUCUUCAAAACCUACCCUCCUUGAGAGUUUUACGUCAUGAGUUAGUUGUAGAAGUCUUGAGUAACAUUCACCAAUUAGCGCUUGAGAGUAACCUGCCCGUAAUCCCCAAAUAUUCCUUAGUUGAAAUCGCUGUCGCUAGUCCGUAUACACAAGGUAGCUUAGGCUUAGCGCUCCUUCUUUGCCCUUCAAUUAUCAAUGUCAAGAUUAAGGGGAUUAGUAAUUUUCUUGAUAGUGACUUGUUGGAAUUAUUAUCAGUUGCUAGUCUUUGUCACCUACACAUAUCUGCUUGCCCUGAAGUAACGUUUUAUGAUGGAGUGAUCCCAUUGCUAAAGGCUAAUGGAAAUCUUCUCGAGAGCCUGAAACUUAAACAUUUCUAUGGUGUCGACUUUCAUUCUAUCUUCGAGUUAUGUCCUAAUCUCAAUUUUGCUUUUAAUUUAUCAUUGCGUUUGCUAUGAAAUUCCUAUUGAAGAACAGGACAGUUCUGUGCGCUGGAAACGAAUUAAUGUUGAACAUCCAAUUGUGACGAAACUUGAAGUAUUGCGUCUGACCUUUUCGUUUGUUGAUUCCGAAUCCCUUCUUUUGCUUUUGUCUUUGCCUUCUCUCAGGGGUCUUGAAAUCGCUCAUUGUUUUGAACUUACGGAUGUCAUACUUGAAAGGGCCGCGUUGCUUCAUGAUUUUCAUAAUUUGGAAGAAUUAGAAGUUGCUUUCUGCGAUUCUUUGACCAAAAAGGGAAUUGAUUUGUUGAUGAGUGAUAAAAACUCAAUCAAGGAAAUGACGUUGCAAUUCAGCCACACAACUUCAGAACUGCUUACGGCAGAGAACAUGAAUGAAUGGAAAGAGAAAAGUGAACAGAAAAAUUGGCAGUUGGAAUUACAUUUUUUCUGUGACUAAUUGUUCAUAAUUCAAGACAUUUUGCUUUCAAUUAUUUCCCUGUCCAUUGCUUUCGUUGUUGUGUAUGCCGCUAUGGCCUACGCGUUCGUUGGUGUCACAACGUCAAGGUUAAAAAAUAAAACACAGUUAAUUUGCUA